ACAGCACAUUACUAGUGGCAAUGUCAUACACCCCGUCAAACGUCGUUUCUAUAUUCCUUACCGAGUUUCAUCCACGUAAUGGAUAUAAACUAGUAUGGUCCAGAUCAACAAUACCUGAUUUUGACUUCACUGGUCUUGAUUACAAAAGUAUGCCUUCUGGUGUUCACGAAUACGGCAAAUCAACAGUGUUGAUAAGUCAUACCAGUCAGGACAAGUUGUAUUAUGGGAUAUGCAAGUUCCGACAACAUUUGAUUGGUGAAGACACCCAUGAUCGUAACAAUAUCAAGAUCUAUUCGUUGGGUAUUAUAUGUCAACCAAGCGAAAGUUUAUUCAAACCUAAUGAGUUUAUUAAUAAUGGCUGGGAGUUUAUUGGUGACUUGGACCAUGAGUUGCUUAAAUACUUGCAGGAGCAAAAGUAUGAGGAUUUUGCGGUGUUUGAAAAGUUAUUUGAAAGUUUGUGUAAACCAUCGUCAAAUCUUUUACCACUUCCUAAUGCAAAACCAGUUGAUGUCACCAAUCAUCCACUCACUAAGCUUCCUCAACUUUUCAAAACAUUUGGGCCUUUGGUUUUUGUAUUAUACAAACAGGCACUUUUACGUAAACGAAUAUUAAUCUUUAACCAACACCACAUCUUUCAUGAUGACGAAGAUUUACUCCCAAAUGAAGAUCUGGAUUUGCUUUUAAACUUAUCGACAUUUUGCUAUUUGGUUUCCUUGGUAUCAAUUAUACCUCAAGAUAUAGAAAUUGCUAGUCAAACUUAUUCCCAACCGAUCUACAGUAUUGGUUUAAAUGAUUUAACUGGAGAUUUGGUCAAGAUUGAUAACUAUAUUGGUACUACCAAUGAUGAUAUCUUAAUUGAGAAUAAAGUAUAUGAUAUUGGAGUUAUGAUUGAUGAUAAAGUAACUAUAUUCCCUAUGGAUGAUAAAAACAAUAUCAUAAAGGCUACUACCAAGGAUUAUCACAAGUUUCAACUUAUGUACCAAGAUUUGCCAUUGAAUUCGAAAUUUAACAUUACCAAUAAUAGAAAUUUGUCCACCGAAGAUUUAACUUCGAUAACCAGUAACACCAAUGCUAGUACUAAAGAUUUUGAUACAGUAUUAAGAGGUUGUACUGAGGAACCAGAAUGGUGGAAAUCUGAUGCUACCGAACCAAUUUCAUGGCGAGAAUCUAUUUGGUCGGCGUUUUCGUGGUUUGCUACUGCGGGACAACAAUUGGAAGUCCAUGAUGACGUGCCCAUAACUCCAACCCAUGAUAAGAUUGAUUUCCUCGAUUUGAUAAAUAUCAUUGGAUAUUUCCAUAAGUUGACGAAAAAGUGGUUUUAUUUAAUUAAUGAGAUUGUCAUGGAGAUUGUUCAGGAUGAAGAGAGUCAUUUGACGGGGAAAAUAGCUUUAGAACUUACAUACCAGGACUUGGUAGAAAUGGAAUUAGAUCCUUAUUCUCAACAGGAUAUCGAGUUUAUUAAAGAAUUUAUUCUUCUUUAUUGGGGUGAAAUGGUUGAAGAGGUUGAAAUUGGUAUUGGAUUCAAUAGUAUAUGUUGUUAGGGUGAAAAGUAGAAAAAUAUCCAAAUUUAGAAGACAUUCCGUAUAUACAGAGACUAAUAAAAUAUCUUCUCCUUA